UUGGGUUAACAUUUUGCUUAGGAAAGUGAUCGAAAACGGAUUCGAAAUGAUGAACCAAAUGAGUAUGAUGAUGCAACAGCAGGGCGUUGGCGUUCCUGGUGGUCCCGGUGUUGUCGGCGGAGUGGGAAUGGCCGGCCCCGGAGGUGUUGGCGUUCCGCAAGGGAUGGUACGAAACUCUCCGCAGAUGCAGCAAGCCCAGCAACAGCAGCAAGUUCAGCAGCAACAACACGUCCAGCAGCAGCAGCAAGUGCAACAGCAACAGCAGCAGCAACACAGCCAAACGGCACAGCAGCAAGCCCAACAGACGGAGAAAGUCGACAACAUAUCGAAGGUGAAGGGGUUGGUUGGUCCGCUGCGUGACGCUCUAUCGACCACCAUCAAAACGGCCGCCCAGCUGAUUCAACAGAACAACCUAACCGACGCAGGAUCAAAAACGGUGGACCAUAACAAUGCAACCCCGCGGUUUGAUAAGCAUUUAGAAGAGUUUUACUCCAUUUGCGAUCAAAUCGAGCUCAAUCUGAAAACAGCAAAACUCUGCAUGCAGCAGUGUUCCUCGUCGCAGCAGUACCUUCCGAUUCCGGUGGCCACCAGUCAACAGCCGCCGCCUGAUACCAGCGCCCUGACUUACAACCAGUACCUGGAGGUGGUGAAGCUUCAGAUCGGCUACGCGAAGGACAUCCACGAUACGCUAAUCUGUGCCGCCCAGAAUAUCUCUCCGAGCGACUGAUAAACAAUUGUCUGUAUUUGUUCUCUUUUAUUCCUGUGUAUGGCGUGUAUGCGUAAAUAUAAACAUUGA